ACGGACUUGCUCCUCUGGGACUCGGAUACAGUUUACUGCUAUAUGUGCUAUCACCGGACUCGAUUCACAAAACGGUCUUCAGCUGUAAAAUGCACGAUUAGGCACCGAGCAGCGCCUUGUAGCUGUCAGCGAGUUGCGCUAACAUCUCAACGGUCACGGCUCCGCUUGUUGGACUUACUGUGAGAGGGGAAAACGUGGGGAUUCAUGGAGAUUCGGUCCAGUUUAAUCGAGAAACACGGCUGGAUUAUUUGAUUUGGGUCGGGGCAUUGAACAUUUUAAAAACGAAGACGGCGUUUCUCUGUUUGGCCACCGCCGUGUCCAACUCUAGCCUGUUUGUUUUUAGCUGGGACAGUAGUUUUCCGAGAUCCGGUCAUGGCGGACCAAGAGGAGACUUUUGCCAUUCAAAACUCUCCUGGUGGCUCAGAUUCGAGGGAAUUACGGCCCGAAAAUAAAUCCGAGAAACAGAACGGGACCUCAAGCAAAUCCCCUUCAUCACAGACAACUUACAUUCAGCAGGGAAUGGAGGGAAUAAAAGUCUACCUGCACGAGAGGGAACUCUGGGUGAAGUUUGACGAAGUGGGGACGGAGAUGAUCAUCACCAAAGCCGGAAGGCGAAUGUUCCCCAGCUUCAAAGUGAAGGUCACGGGAUUAAACCCCAAAACUAAAUAUAUACUCCUGAUGGAUGUUGUUCCUGCGGACGACCAUCGAUACAAAUUCGCCGACAACAAAUGGUCUGUGACCGGCAAGGCAGAGCCCGCAAUGCCCGGCAGGCUCUACGUCCACCCGGACUCUCCCGCCACGGGCGCGCACUGGAUGAGGCAGCUUGUGUCCUUCCAGAAGCUGAAGCUGACCAACAACCACCUGGACCCGUUCGGACACAUCAUACUAAAUUCGAUGCACAAGUAUCAGCCGAGGAUCCACAUAGUGAAGGCGGAUGAAAAUAACGGCUUUGGCUCCAAAAACACGGCCUUUUGCACUCACGUCUUCCCGGAGACAGCCUUCAUCGCGGUUACGUCCUAUCAGAACCAUAAGAUAACCCAGCUGAAGAUUGAGAACAACCCGUUUGCAAAAGGCUUUCGAGGAAGUGAUGACAUGGAGCUGCACCGAAUGUCUAGGAUGCAAAGUACCAAGGAGUAUCCAGUAGUGCCUCGCAGUGCAGUGCGUCAGAGAGUGGGCUCCAGCCAGAGUCCGUUCAGUGGGGAGGUCCAGGGCAUGACCACCCCGAGCACCCUGAGCUCCCAGUACUCCCAGUGUGAGAACGGGGUCACAAGCACCUCGCAGGACAUGCUGCCUCAGUCAGGCUCUUACCCACUGCCACAUGAGCACGGCCAGGAGUACCACUGCAUCAAGAGGAAAGUGGAGGAUGACGGCCACUCAAGUGAGCACAGCUAUAAGAAGGCAUAUCUAGAGAGCUCGUCCAGUGAGGAGGACCAUUACUACCGUCCUGUUGGCUACGCCCAGAGCCUCGGCCUGGCCGCCGGGCCCUACCGCAGUGAGUCCAGCCAGCGGCAGGCCUGUAUGUAUGCCAGCGCCUCACAGGGUGCUGAGCCAGUUCCUAGUUUGGAGGACAUCAGCUGCAACACGUGGGCCAGCGUUUCACCCUACGGGAGCUGCUCUGUCACCACCAUGCAGCCAAUGGACCGGCUGCCUUACCAACACUUCUCAGCUCACUUCACCUCAGGGUCUCUGGUGUCCAGGCUUGGUGGGGUUGGGGGGCACGCCUCUCCGCAGCUGGGCGAUGGCCACCACGCUGCCAUGUACCAGAGCUCCAUGACCCACCAGACUCUGGGCCGCCAGUGCAGUCCUGGGGCUGGGAUCCAGUCGCCAGCAGCUGGCCUACAGGGAAACGAGUACAUCUACACACAUGGCAUACCACGUACACUAUCGCCACACCAGUACCACACUGUGCACAGUGUAAGCAUCAUGCCAGAGUGGAAUGAGAACAGCUAAAAGAGCUUCUAUAAACACUCAGAUAAACAUAUUAAAAAGGAAAAAAAACAAAGAAGGACCAAAAUAAGGCAGGGUUUAGAUGAAAUCAUAUUUAUAUUUUUAGAGGACGUGUUGCUGACCAUCUUAAUGAGAUCAGUGUUGGUUCACUGACAGCAAUGGACAUUGGUGAGAUGGUGUUGAAGUAGGAAAGCAAGCAUCUUAUCACUUAACUUGUUGUGACAGAAUCUGCACUUAUAAGCAAAUAACAUGAACAUGAACAAAGAGGAGCUGGACCAGAACGCAACUGCUCAAGUGCAGAGAAAGUGAACACCGUGGGAAUCAAACACUGAUCAGAAGAACAAAACUGCUUCAGAUGCAAAGUCUGAGGUCACAGUUUCACAGUGUUUAUUAGCUGGGAUGUUUCUUCGAUGUACAAGACUCUUGUUUUGCAUUCCUGUUCCAAAAUUGAGUAAAAAAAAAAAAAAAUAGAAAGAAGAAAAAAAAGGAUAUUUGUCUUCUGCCACAUUAUCCA